UCUCCGCGCGCUUGCUUGUGGAGCUCAGUCGGAAAUCUCAGCUGUCAAAAGCGCGAUCUAGUCACCUAAGUUCGCUGUUUUAUUGCUUAUCGGGAAAUUAUUUCUUACUUGUGUUGAAACCUUGUAUACACAAUUGAUUUUCUCUAAAGAAAUAAUUAUGUGAGACGAGAAUAAUUGAGGUGCCAUCGCGGCUCGCCAUCAGACAGGUUGAAAGACAAUGUUCUGUGCUAUGUCACUGGAUAAACGCAUUUAAGUGCGCGUCUGAGGACCUUGAAGGAGCGUGUACGGCACCACGAUGUAUGGGGAUGUAACACGAGCGGUCCUCGGAGGCUGUAGCCAGAGUCAACUGCUGCUGCUGCUGUGGAUCGUUGCAAGUGCGAUGAUCGCGCCAGGAGCGGCGGAGAGCCAAGCCCAGGUGCCAGAGGGCACGCUGCCGCCGCGCCCCUACGAGGGCCCGCUGUACCACCGAGGCGCGCCGCGCGGCCCGCCCCAGAUGCACGGCGGGGUGAUGCCCAUGCACGCCCUGCCGCCGCCGCCCAGACAGCGCAUCCUGUACAGCCGCUACGGGCCGGACGGCGUGCCGGUGUACGUGCUGGCGGACGGGCGCGAGGUGCCCAUGCACUUCUUCCCGCACGUGUACGGCCACGACCAGGAGGAGGAGGAGGAGGAGGAGGAGCUGGCCAGGAGCCGCGCGGCGGGCGGGGGCCGGGGCUCGCGCUACGGGGCGCUCCCCGAGCACGAGCUGGCCCGGGUGGUGGGCCCCGCGCGCCAGCAGCAGCAGCCCGAACACCCGUGCGGGGGGGCCUGCGCCGAGGACGAGUUCCCGUGCCUGGCCUCGUGCACGUGCGUGCCGGCCGCGUGGCGCUGCGACGGCGACGCCGACUGCGCCGACCAGGAGGACGAGCUGGGCUGCGGCGAGGCGGGCAGCCGCUGCCUGCUGUCGGAGCGCCAGGUGCGCUGUCCGCGCACGCACAAGUGCAUCAAGGAGGAGUGGCUGUGCGACGGCGAGGACGACUGCGGCGACUUCUCCGACGAGACCCAGUGCGGGGUGAACCUCAACUGCACGUCGGAGGAAUUCCAAUGCAACAACGGGCUGUGCAUCCGCAGCUCGUGGCGCUGCGAUGGUGACGACGACUGCAAGGACUCCUCCGACGAGUUCAACUGCACCAGGAAGACGUCGUGCGUGGACAGCGAGUUCCAGUGCUCUGACGGCAGCUGCAUCUCCGUGACGUGGAAGUGCGACCAGGAGCCGGACUGCUCUGACGGCUCUGACGAGCUGGAGUGCGACGUGGAACCUCCGGCUUGCGGCGAGGGCGAGUUCCAGUGCGCCUACCCGCGCUGCGUGCGCCUGGAGUACCGCUGCGACGGAGACGACGACUGCGGCGACUGGAGCGACGAGGACGAGUGCGAGCCGCGCACCGGGGGCAGCUGUGGAGCCGCCGAGUUCCAGUGCAGCAGCGGCAAGUGCAUCUCGGCGCGCUGGCGCUGCGACGAGGAGCAGGACUGCGAGGGGGGCGAGGACGAGCAGAAGUGCGUGGAGAAGAAGCCCAGGACCUGCGCCCCCGACGAGUUCCUGUGCGACGGCGGCAACUGCAUCCUGGGCACCUGGGUGUGUGACGGCGUGCAGGACUGCUCCCACGGCGAGGACGAGAAGGACUGCCGGCCCAAGUGCGACGAGACGCAGUUCGAGUGCGGCAGGCCCGCCAACACUACCGACGCGCACCGACACCACUCGCCGGCCUGCAUCGGCCGCAAGCACGUGUGCGACGGCAAGAAGGACUGUCCCCGGGGAGAAGACGAGAAUAACUGCCCGAAGAGGAAGACUUGCGAGAAGGGCUCUCAGUGCCGCCAACUGUGCGUCACGUACCCCAACGGCACGGAGGGCUGCAGCUGCUUCCCGGGAUACGCCCUCGCUAAGGACGGCCGCAGCUGCGAGGACGUGAACGAGUGCCUGCUGGAGACGGAGCCGGUGUGCAGCCAGACCUGCAGCAACUCGCAGGGCUCGUUCGCGUGCGGCUGCAUGACGGGCUACGUGCUGCGUCCCGACGGCCGCUCCUGCAAGGCGCUGGGCGCCGCGCCCACGCUGCUCUUCGCCAACCGCGUGGACAUCAGACAGGUCAGCCUCAACAGCGCCAAGUACACGGCGCUGCUCAAGGGACUGCACAACGCCAUAGCCCUGGACUACCACCACCGGCGCGGCCUCAUCUACUGGACGGACAUCUCCAUGGACGUGAUCCGCCGGGCCAGCUUCAACGGCUCGGGAGCCGUCGACGUGAUCCGCUGGGGGCUGGAGUCGCCCGGGGGCAUCGCCGUCGACUGGGUGCACGACCUGGUGUUCUGGACGGACUCCGGCACGCGUCGCGUCGAGGUGGCCACGCUUGACGGCAGCCAGCGGGUCAUCAUCGCCUCCAGCGACCUGGACAAGCCGCGCGCCAUCGCGGUCCACCCGGGCGAGGCCUUCGUCUUCUGGACGGACUGGGGUCCCAGUCCCAAGAUAGAGAGGGCGGAGAUGGAUGGCUCCGACCGCCGCCCAGUCGUCACAGAGUCCCUGUUCUGGCCGAACGGCCUGUGCGUGGACUACACCACGGGCCGCAUCUACUGGGCCGACGCCAAGCACCACGUCAUCGAGACCGCUCGCUUCGACGGCAGCGACCGCAAGAAGGUGAUCACCAAGGGCCUGCCGCACCCCUUCGCGCUGACCUUGUUCGAGGACGCCCUCUACUGGACGGACUGGCACACCAAGAGCAUCGCCACGGCGAGCAAGCUGACGGGCGCCGGCCUCAAGACCGUGCACGCGGGACUGCACUUCCCCAUGGACAUCCACAGCUACCACCCGCAGCGCCAGCCGGCCUACAGGAGCCACUGCGGCGACGACAAGGGCUGCUCGCACCUGUGUCUGCCGCGCCACGGGGGCGGUCACCGGUGCGUCUGCCCCAUGGGCCUCAAGCUGCGGAGCGACCGGAAGACGUGCGACUCGACGCCGGAGAAGCUGCUGCUGUUCGCCCGCAAGAAGGACCUGAGGAUCCGGCGCCUGGACGACGGGCCCAACGCCGACGCGGACAUGGUGGUGCCCGUGGACGGCAUCAAGUCGGCCGUGGCGCUCGCCUGGGACGCGCGCUCCGACUCCAUCUUCUGGACGGACGUGGAGGCCGACACCAUCUCCCGGGCCUUCCUCAACGGCACCGGCAAGAAGGUCAUCGUCAGCUCCAACCUGGAGUCGCCGGCGGGGCUGGCGCUCGACUGGGUCACCUCCAAGCUGUACUGGACAGACGCGGGCACCAACCGCAUCGAGGUGUCGCGCCUGGACGGCAGCAUGCGGGCCCUGCUGGUGUGGGACGGCCUGGACAAGCCGCGCGACAUCGCCGUCGACCCUGUGGGCGGCUACAUGUACUGGAGCGACUGGGGCAGCGUCCCCAAGAUAGAGCGGGCGGGCAUGGACGGGUCCGUGCGGGCGCCCUUCAUCACCGCCAACCUCACCUGGCCCAACGGCCUGGCCGUGGACCACGACCGGGGUCGCCUCUACUGGGCCGACGGGGGCACCAAGACCAUCGAGUACGUGUCGCUGGACGGCCGGGGCCGCGCCGUGCUCUUGGGUUCGGACGUGCCACACCCUUUCGGACUGGCCGUGUUCGAGGACAGGGUGUUCUGGAGCGACUGGGACACGGCGAGCAUCUACUCCGCGGACAAGCUGACCGGCCGGAACAGGACCGUGCUGAGGUCCGGGGUGUCGGGCCUCAUGGACGUGAGGGUGUUCCACCGGGGCAGGCAGUCCGUGCCCACCACGUGCCACUCCCACAACGGGGGCUGCUCCCACUUGUGUCUGCUGGCGCCGCUGUCCAGCCUGCGCUCCUACAGCUGCGCCUGUCCCAUCGGCAUCAAGCUUCUGGAGGACGGGAAGACGUGCGCGGCGGGGCCCAUCAACUCCCUGAUCUUCGCGCACCGCGUCGACAUCCGGCAGAUGUCGCUGGACGUGCCUUACAUGGUGGACGUUGUGCUGCCGCUGCCGCCGCUCAAGAACGCCGUAGCGGCUGACGUGGACCGCCAGACAGGGGAGAUCUACUGGACGGACACGGCAGAGGACGUCAUCCAGAAGGCAACGCUGGACGGCAAGCACAUCGAGAGCGUGAUCGUGGACGGCCUGGAGACAGCAGAUGGGAUUGUCAUCGACUCGACGGGCAGAAAGGUGUACUGGACGGACGCGGGCCGCAACAGCAUCGAGGUGGCGGAGCUGGACGGGCGGCACCGCAAGGUGCUGGUGUGGUCGGACCUGGAGUCCCCGCGGGCCAUCGCGCUGCACUACCACCACGGCCUGGUGUUCUGGUCCGACUGGGGCCGGCGGGCGCGCAUCGAGCAGGCCCACAUGGACGGCAGUAACAGGCUGACGCUGAUCUCGAGCGGGCUGGGCUGGCCCAACGGGCUGGCGGUGGACCGCCCGGCCGGCCGCCUCUACUGGAACGACGGCAAGACGAAGACCAUCGAGAGCUGUGACCUGCGCGGCCAGGACCGGCGCGUGGUGAUGCGCGGCGUGCCCCACCCGUACGGCCUCGUCGUGGUCGGCUCGCACGUCUACUGGACGGACUGGCAGACGGAGGCCGUCCACCGCGCCGACAAGCUGAACGGCACGGACGCGGCGGUGAUCCGCGGCAAGCUGGAGGGCCUCAUGGACAUCCGCUCCGUGCAGGCGGACAACGUUGCGGAGAACGCCUGUGGCACGGACAACGGAGGCUGCUCCCACCUGUGUCUGCGCACCCCGACCGGCUUCUCGUGCGCCUGCCCCACCGGCAUCCUGCUGCGCGAGGACGGCCACUCCUGCGCGGAGCCCCCCGCCACGUACCUACUGUUCGCGACACGCAGCACGCUCGCGCGCGUCUCCCUCGACACCCCGGAGCUGUGGGACGUCACCCUGCCCAUCCCGGACGUGCGCAACGCCAUCGCGGUCGACUUCCACUGGGCGCACCAGAACAUUUACUACACGGACGUUCAGCUGGACGUCAUCAGGAGCGUCAACAUGCACAACCUGUCCGACACGCGCACGCUGGUCUCCACCGACCUCACCACGCCCGACGGCCUGGCCGUGGACUGGAUCGCGGACAACGUCUACUGGACGGACGCGGCGCGCAAGGUGCUGGAGGUGGCGCGGCUGGACGGCUCGUGCCGCAAGGCGGUGCUGCGCCAGGGGCUGGACGAGCCCCGCGCGCUCGCCAUAUUCCCGCAGAACGGGUUCCUGUACUGGACGGACUGGGGCGACCACCCCAAGAUCGAGCGCUCGCUGCUCGACGGCUCUUCGCGCCGCACCGUCGUGUCGAGCGACCUGGGCUUCCCCAAUGGCCUGGCGCUGGACUACGGGGCGCGCCGCCUCUACUGGGCCGACGCGCUGCGCGACCGCAUCGAGACCUCGGACCUGCACGGCAAGAACAGGGUGCACCUGGUGCCCGAGGCCACGCACCCCUUCGGGCUCACCCAGUGCGGGGAGCACAUCUACUGGACAGACUGGUACAAGAAGUCGGUGGAGCGCGCGGACAAGCGCACGGGCAAGGACCGCGUCGUGAUCCGCACGGACCUGGACGGGGUGAUGGAGAUCCGGGCGGUGGCGGCAGGCCGGCAGUCGGGCUGGACCCCGUGCGCCGUGGGCAACGGGGGCUGCUCCCACCUGUGCCUGUUCCGCCAGCAGAGCUACGUGUGCGCGUGCCCGGACCGGCCGGACGCGCGGCCCUGCAGCACCGAGCCGAGCGAGCGGGUGCCGGUGCGGGCCCGAGCGCCGGACGGCGAGGAGGACGCCCCGCUGCUGCCCAUCGACACCCGCGGGGGCGCCGGCCUCCCGGGGCUCCCGGGGCUCCCCGGCGCCGGCCCCAAGGCGGCGGGCCCGCGCGACGAGCGGCGCGACGCGGCCGCGCGCGGCGAGAUGCUGGUGUUCGUGAUCACCAUGACGGUGAGCCUGGUGGUGCUGGGCUCGGCCGCCGUCGCGGUCAUCCUGCUGGUGCGGCGGCGCAAGCGCGACGAGAAGUACCUGUACGCCACCGGCCGCUCCGUGCUCACCUUCUCCAACCCCAACUACAGCGCCUCCAACCCCGACGUGGCGGGCGACAAGCGGCCCUUCCUCUGGAAGAAGCUGCGCUAUGACAAGUCCCAGGAGCGCGUGUUCAGCGUGCAGGAGGACAAGCCGUGCGGCAGCCACGAGGUGGUGUCGCUGAUCCCCAUGGCGCCCGCGCAGGGCGGCGCGAGCGGGCCCGGCCCGGAGAGCGUGCCCUCGCCGCCCCCCACGCCCCCCCAGAGACUCGACAGCAUCAGCCUCAAGGCGGGGUGAGGCCCCCCUCCCCCCCACCACCUCUGGUAACCAGCGUACUGAGCCAUCCGUCACAAACAAACAGUAGAUAGGCCACACAGUAAAUGUUCGUACCACUGUCGACGUACAUUCCCGUUUAUAAAACAGCAUUUAAAAAAAUAAUAAAAAAAAGUUUGAGUCUUGAACGGUUGUUAAGCUGUUGAAACGAUCUGAUAAAAAAAAAUUUUUUAAUGGUCGAUUGUGUUUGGUCGGUGAAGCCGGGCAGACGAGGCGGUCGCGAGGAAAGUGCGCAGCCAGACGCGCUGCGUGUGGAGAGAGGGCGCGGGAGCUGCGGAAAUAACUGCGUGCCGUGCCGACGCGCUGAGACUGAGGGUUCGGUAGCGGGAUUACUCUUGUUGAAUGUGUCGCUUCGAUCUCAUCUCGUGUCGUCACAUGUCGUGCGUGACCGACGCGUUGCUGUGCAUGCUCUUGUCUUAGAUGUACGAUAUUUUAUAUCCGGAUAUCGUUGUCGCAGUCGCCGGACUGCGAGUGGGAGUCUCCCGUGGCUGCGUGGAUCAACACAAAGAGGUUGUGAAAAAGAGAAAUAUUUGCUCUCACUUAAUCUAAGUUAAUCUUUGCACAGCUGAGACAACUUUGAGGUUGUUGGAUUCCAAACAGCUGAAUAAAAUGCACCAAUUGGCAGUCAGUAUUCAGUUAAAAAAUAAAUUCGUCCAUAAUAUUUUCUUACAAGGGGAAGUACUGUGCAUACACUGGGAUUGUAUUGUAUCGAGAAACAAACCAAAUUUUGUAGUAAACACUGUCAAAAAUGUAACAGUUAAGUCCCAAUGAUGUUUUUGUACCUAGUAGACAUUGGUGAUGCCAACACCAUUGUAAAAUAAAGUCAGUGUAAAUGUGUAUUUACUUUUCUUAAUUAAAUUGGUUAAAAUUAGGGGGCAAUACAAAAUCAACUUCUCAUUUUACUAUCACAAUUUUAUUUUCUUGCACUAUUAUUGUACAUAUUGUAACUUUGAGCAGUGACUAAUCGCAAAACACAAAUUAAUGGAUAAAAAAGAGCUACAUGCGAAAAUGAACCAUAUUGUGGUAGCGAAAAUUAACCAUAUUGUGGAAACAACAGCACCAACACAGUUGAAUUGCUACUAAUUAGCCUUUUUUUUUUUGUUUACAUAAAUUCAGUUUACUUCAAAGCCUUAUGUAGGUCCACUUCCUGUAAAAACAUAGAUUUAAUAUUUUGUUUAACGGCAAGAAAAUACUUUUAAUAGCACUGCAAAAAAAAAUUAUGUAAAUAACUUCUUCAAAAUACUGCAAUUAAAUUCAGUAGCUAAUUGAAAUAAUUAGCUGCAAUUAGACUACGUAUAUGCAUAAAAAUGGAAUUUUGGUAUUUAACAUUUUUUUUUUAUUCGUGAUCUACGCGUCUCUUCAAACAUUUUGGCAAAUUGGUGAAUAUCACUUAGUAAAACCCAAUUUUUGAAUACAUUAUUGUUUUCAUUGCUUUUAUUCAGUCCGACUUGUCAGCAAGGUCGCACGUGAGCGCAACACGACUGCACCGAACAGGACGUAGGCGAGGAACUGCCACUGCCUGUAAGGAACAAUCCCGAGAUUGCCAGCGGUGUUAACGGGAAACCACGGCUGGCUGAACCGGUAUUCAUACCCGGGUUUUCAAGAACGCACCUCCUCACUCUAUGUAGUUUUUCCCUGUGUACUAUAUGAGAAGAUCUUUGAGCUACCGCUUGUCUUGGACAAGUCAUUUCAGAUGGCUGUAGUUAUGUCGCUGUUGCCUGGAGUUGGACGGAGGUGAGGCAGAAGGAAAAGAAAGGGAGCGUGGCGGGGAAGAGCCAUUCCCAGAAUGACCUGACGAGCGUGAGCCUGUGUCCUCGUACCCUGCGCCCGCACUUACGACCUCCAGCCGUGCUGGAUUUAGUGCCGCAUCCGUCCGACUUAACCUUACGAUGUGGUCUCUUCUUCCAGGUGCGAUGUUUGAAAGCAAGGUAGUUCGAACUGAUCUCCCCCGAUGGUUCGCUAAACUUCUGGUUGUGUUGCUUGUCGUGUUUGUCGUUUCCUAGGUUCGUAUCUGAAAGCAAAAUAAAAGCAGUUUUUUUUUUCUUUUCUGCUUUCUUGUCUCUAACCAUCAAAGUUUUCUCGGGUAAUGUCAGCAGAUCCGUUUGUUCACAUACAAGUUGGUUUGUUUGAACCCUUAAACAAUGGUGGUGAAAUUGGCCCUGAGUAUACGAGUUAGGUGCAAGCAGGUGAUGUGUUUUAGUCGACCUCCAACGUCACAGCCGAUGCUCCGCCCAAUCACACAACACUAAAAGUAACUAAAAUACUUCGUUUUCCAAGCUCUGGAAAUGAAUUAUUUUGCGCAGACAGUGUCUCUGUGAUCAUAACUGCAAACCACAAUUGAUAACUACUCGGUGCUCAUAAGUGGAGUUAUGCCGGGACUUGGCUUAGAACCUACAACCCUUACAAAGUAGAUGUCCAGGAAAUAGCACAGGAGUUGAAACGUCCAGGAGGGUUGAAAUUAUGAAAUUAACUUUUCCUCUCUCGUCUUCAAGUGGUGAAAACUCUGUCCAACCACGGCUCUGCAAGGCACCUACACUAUGAGAGUUCCAAAAAUGGUUAACUCCGAUGAUAAUUAUAAAACCUCACAUUGUACUAUUCUAUUUUUGGUUGAUAGCAAAGGUAUGACAAUUCUAAACUCAAGCACAUAAAACCAAGGUUUAAAUUUGGCUAUUUACCGACUAUAUCAAUGUACUAUAAUAAUUUCCACUAAAUAUAGGAACGGCAUUUUUCUAUAUUCUAAAUGCAAAUUAUUGCUUUCAAAGUAUUAACACUAGUCUUCAUUGUAAUUACAAACAGCCAUGGAAGACCAUAACAUUGAGUAUUGUAAUGAUACUGUUGUGAAUGUGGGUAAUAAUGGUAAAAUGCAAAGUUUCUCUUAUCCUGUGAUAACUAGCCCACAUGAUGAGGCACGUCUGACGCAACAUCUGGUUCUAGGUUACAUAGAAAUAAUUAAAUGGCUUAAGCUAUAUCUCACAGCUCUUCCAGGCUAGGGAAGUUACGAAUUUUAUCUGUCUUAAGAGUUCAACAAAAAAUCACAUUUAAGAAAAUAGGUUUGGUGCAAAAAGCUACUGAUUAUAAAUGAAUUUCUAAGAUUUUAAUUCAAAGCAGGGAAAACUAAUUUUAAUAAUAAAAGUUCAAAAUAAUUGUUUUUACUUUUUAGUUCCACAAAAAAAAAUGUUUUAGUUCCUAAUUGAAAUCAGAACAUGUGCAGGUCGUUAUACUUUUCUCAUAGCCGCAAAAAAUUAUAAAAAGCAAAUAGGUAAUACAAUUAACCGAAAUGUGUGCAUCUUAAAGCAUUAAUGUAAAAUGGUUUACACUUUCCAGUUCCACCAUGAGCAUAAAGCUUAGAAAACUCAAAAAGUUAAACAUGUUGCCAUUCUACUAAAGACAUAUGCACAAAACCCUACAAAUUACUAGACUUGCACAUUUACAAAAAUAAAAAAAAAAUGUUUCAAUUUUUUUAAUUGUCUCAACAAAAAAAAACUAAAAUGUUAUCAAUAUCAUUGCAACUAGUGCAGCUAAAUUGUUGUGUUCUUCAAAAAACUAAAGCUUCUUGGUUGCAAAAUUGCUCGUGCACGAUGGGUUGGAAACGAGGUCAGACUUGCGGCAAGCGGACGGCAGUUUUGUGGAUUCUCUUGCCGGGCCGCUCCGGGCUUCAGCGCAGAGGCAGCCGCGCCUCGCGCUGACCUGUUCCCUGACCAGCGCUGCCCGUCGUUCAGUUCCCUCCAUCGUCCCCGUUCUGCUCCGACGCUCGACUCUCGUGCCGCCGUGGCUCGUGCAGCACAGCACAGCACAGCACAGCACAGCAUUCAGUGUCGCAACCCUCCUUCAAUGUACAGCUAGCAUUCAGUCAUUUCUGAAGGAAAAUAAUAUUAAUAUAAUAUGGCGAUUUGGAAAAUGUAACGAAUAAAAGGCAUUUGGCUGGUUGGAAUUGCAAAGAACAUAGAGAGACAAAAAUUAUGGUUUUUGAAACAUGACUAUAACUUAAAAUUUAACUUUAAAAAAAUGUGAUCAUCGGGAUGAAAGCCGGUGAAAAAUCUUCAGAUUAAACCAUUACUGUAUUAUACUCAGAUAAUGAUUACCUGUUCAUGUCGUGUACCUUUUGAUUUUAUCAUCACAAGUGUAAAAAAAAAAAAAGUGUGAGCCACAUACUGCUACUUUCGAAAUCUGAUUCUUUUCAUUUCGCUCAGUAUCACGGGGAUGGAAAUGAUUUAUCUUCAUUUAUCUUCUUGCAUUUUCAGGAUGAUCUUUCAUGAUCUUUUGUGAUUUAUAAGAGUGAUUGAGUUACGAUGUUCACCAAUGAGGAAUCGCUUCACCGUUCAGGCAACUAAAAAUAAUAUUUUCAAAACCGAUUUUUUGUGCAAUGAACAAUGCAUGACAAUUUUUUCUUGAUGUGCGUCAAAAACAUUUUACCUCGAAAGCUGUUCAACCUUCUAAAGCCACAAUUUGAAGUAAACUGAAUGGCAUGGAUAUUAUUAAUUUCUGCAUUGCUGUUGAGUUACAGUCUUAGCUGUUCCUGAUCAUUAUAAUUAACCUCGAUAAUUUCUUAUUUGCAACUAAAUGUUAAGAAGUUUUGAAGAUGUGCUUACUUCUUGGAACAACAGUGGCCAAGGAAACUUUAUGUGCUGGGAGUUCCACGCUACCUGGACUUGCGAGUUUCUUUAACUGCACCAAGUCCUGGAGACACGUAUGUGGAUGCUCCGUGUGAUCGGCGCGCAAACAUAAAAAAAUUGGCAAGCGGAAGCACAAAGCAUGUAGGAAAUAAAAGUUGAAUGUUGAAGUAUCACCAAACAUGUUUCUAUUUGACUACAGUUUCUAUACAAGUAUAGUUGAUUAAUCAUGUUGUAUAGAUGUAUUCUUUGAAGAAAUGUUAUAUAUUUUAAUAUAAUUGAGAGUAGUUGUAGGUGUGAGCACAGCUUAAAUCUAGCCAUUAUAAUUGCACUUCGUAAGUAUAGUUAGGGGUGAAAGCCGGACACGACGAAAAUGUGAAGCGUGAAUCAAAUAUAGAAAUGUUUUUGAGGAUUGUUUCACACUUUAAUAACUGUCAGAAUCAAGCAAUGAUAAGGAAUUGCCAUGCAGCUCUUAUUAAUGCAGGCUGUCAGAAAGUGAAAUGUACAACUGAACUCGUUUAAUUUAAACAAAAUUAUGUAGGUACAGUAAAGGCUCUUUAAUCUAGAUCAUUCGGGUCGAACAUCAAUAUAUUUUUAAUGAGAAUACAAAAAAAAUACGGCACAUUGAUAUUUGAAACAAGUUGUAAUAAGCUGGUCUAUGACCAGAUGAAAAUUACGCAUGAAUGUUACCAUCUGAAAAAAGUAUCUAUCACCUUUCCUCCGUCAAUGAUCACCUGAUCUGUGCUGGAUUACCCGAAUGUGCUGUAGCAAUGAACUUCAGAUUGAAGAACCUCUACUGUACCUAUCUAUUAAUUUAUGUCACUGCAUUCAUUUGUUUGUUGGUAACUGUAUUCUCUAAGUGUGUAAUUUGCUUUCUUUAUUUGUUUGUUACAUCAGCAGUGGCGUACAACAGCAUUUCUCCAAAAAUGGGGUUGUUUAAUGAGUUGCUUCGCUGUAUAACACUUGAGUACGACUGAAAAGAUAGCAGAGAUAUUGAGAAUUUUAAGCUUGUUAAUUCUUUUUGAAUCUUCCCUUACUAUUUUUUGGGACGAUCAAUUUAUCUCAGAUAUAAAUAGUGGUCAAUGAACAGAAUAUUGUUAUCCAGCUGCAUUAGCAAUGGCACAAUGUGUUUGAAGGAGGUUGGGGUCGGGCCAAAUGCAGGGAGGCCUCUGACCUCACAGCUCACAGGUCUCGCUGGCCCUAAGGUGAAGGUGAACUGCAAGUUGCACGCACCACACACACACUGCUGAUUGGGCGUGUCACUAGGGCUUCGUGCUUGCGCGGCAUGGCACAAAUGACAUGUCCGGUGCCUCUGCCAAGUUUGCGUGCCGGCACACUUCAGCCCAACAUGGUCCUUUAGAUCAUGGUACAAACCCUCCGUGCGAAUGACGCUGUGCCUCCGGCACGGGACGCUCUUUUCCGUGUGCCGGACACCCGGCCGUGCUGGGCUGUCGGGUGUUCUCCUGUUCUGAACACCCGGGUACGUCGUCGUUUUCCUCUGCACUGCUACCAACUCCCGUACAAGUACGACUAAUCUGAAGGGCGUGCUCGCACCUAGCUCCAGCCUGCUGUGUGCUGUUCUCUCUAGCUCGGCAGCCACCCGCACAGUUCUCACUGCAAACUUUAACAAACUGGCACAAGAACAUUUACGUCACACAACAAUAUUAGCUCCUUCAAAAUAAAAAUAAAAAUUAAAAAUUAAAUUUCACUGGCUAUCACAUUAGGUAGAAACCUCGCUACUUCCCUGACCUGUGGCAAGAUCGCUGGCGAGCGCAAGCCUCGAGCAGAGACGUGUCUGGACCGGGCAUGCCUCGAGUGCACCCGAUAAUCUACCCAGAGUGCACCUUGGCACUGUGACGUCAGCGCGGCCAUGCCACAGCCCAGGUGUCCCAGCAAGUGACGUCGACGCACUCGGCCGUGAGUUGCUGAUCGAGUGACGUGCAGUCGCUUCAUCUUAGGGACACGCGUGCUCCUGUAGCUGUGUCGUGUAUGUUUGUGUCAUGCAGAUCGACCACUGGUAACAACUAACCCAACUGUCAUGUGUCCAAUGAACUUUGUGUCAGUUUUCCAACUGUCAUUUAAGUAAAACUGAAUUAAUUCAAAUAUGUGCACGAUCAACUGGGUAUUGAAGGAUGGAAAUAUAAAUGCAUUUCUCUUGAGUCACAUGUAUAAAAAAAAAUUACCUAUUUUGGAAUUUAUUUUUAUAACAUUAUGUAUCUGCUUUGGGAAGAAAUAAUGUGUUUCGCAGUUUAAAACAUAGACAUACAUAGAGCAUUGUGGUUUAAUGAAAACAGCAAGGAACUAGUCAUUAUUUAAAAAAUUUUAAACAUUCAGAAUAUUAUAAAAAACUUAGAAACUGUUGUUACGAUACCAUUUCUUGGUAAAUAACUUCUGGUUUUGAUGUUAUUAAGGAUUAAUUGUUUGAUAGCCCAAAACAAAAAUUUGGAAAAAAAAUUAUUACAAUGAACAACAGCCACGAGGUGCAAUACCUGAAUGUGUCAGUGCCAUUUCGAGUCCUGCCUUUGGAAGAUCGACCAGCAAACUCCGUGGUCCAUGUCAGAUGCUUCACCCAUACAAGCAACAUAACCUGGGCGCUUUCCUUUUACAAUGGCUCCACUUAACCAACAUUCGUUACCAACACGUAACCAACAUUUCAACGUAUGUCGUAGAGAAACCACAAGAAUGGACACGAAAGCACACAGAAAGAAAUGCCCAAAACUCUGCUGCUGUAGAGAGUUUAUAACUUAUAGACAACACAGAGAAUCCUUUGGAAGGAAUUAGUCGGGGAAAUUAUCACCGCACAGACAAAACCAGUGGGCAGCCAAGGACGAGAUAGUUGUAACAAGCACACAAAAUAUAAACAACAUCCUUGGAAAACACAGCAAUAAAAAUGAACACAACAAUGGUACAAAACAGAUAGGUAGUCUGGACACCAGCACAACAACACACUGAUGAUGGCACAGACAAACUCAGUAGUAUUCAUCUUUCUUGUCCAUUCUUGUGUUUUCUCGAUGACAUACAGUGAAAACCAACAAUUUUGUAUGCCCAUAAAAAUGUUUUGAAUCUCAUAAACUUUA